AUGGAUUCAUUGAUCAUAUUUACUCGCGACUCAUCAUUGGUUCAUCUUCAAGUUGACCCGGAUCUUUGCUUAUCCGUCUCUCGUUCUCUACAAUUUAGUGUAAUCGUCUCAAACAUUUUUGGUACCCAUGUUAUAGAAAAACUGACAAUGGGUUGUGAGAAUUUCUUUUUAAUUGUUUAUUCUAUUAACUUCUGUCUUUCUAUUUACCUUGAUUUGUCUGCUUAUUUAGUAGUGCUAUUCGUAGUAACUUUCACUAUCAUGCUUCAAAGGAGAAUGCUGUUGUACUAUGGCACUAAUUGUUCCAUUAUGAUUCCACUUCCAGAUGUAAGUCAGCAUUGUUUUUUUGAACAAUUUGGUGAUUAUAUGGGGAAAAAAGGUGCCCACAAGUUGGACGCUGAUAUUAUUAAGGAUGUUCAAAUGCUGAAGCGAGGGCUGCAUACAAUGGAAUUUAUGUGGUCGCAGUUAUCAUGGACUUGUCGGAAAAUGCAGAAGCACUAUUUAUCAUUUUGUCGCAAUGGUGUUAAAUAUCUCUGAAGAAGAUAAACAGCUCGUGGCUUACCUAGAUGAUAUAUAUGAAGAUUCCCGAGGCGAUAAGAUGGUUGUGAUCUCAGUAUUGAAUGCAUUGAUGGACUUGCAACCGUCCUUAGUCCACAGCGUUAUGAGAAAGUUUUGAAGAAGGCAACAACAUUGCUGUCUGUGCCAUUCGUUUGCUAUAGACAGUUUGAUAAUGAUGAUAUCAAGGCAUUUGACAUAACAAGAGUUUAAAGGUUACUGGAAACAGGAAAUACUUGGAAAUAUGUCUUCUUCUUCACCGCUUGGAACAUCCGAUGAUAAUAUUAAGGUAGAGGGAACUCUUAGUGAUGCAGUUGGAAGUAGACCCAAGAAGAGACUUCGAAGGUCCAAUGUGAGAUAUACGUGCAACCAUACUUGCAACCUAACGGAAAAAGAGAGGUUGUUGAUGCUAUACCUGAAGAUGGCAGUGGUGGUUUCAUCAUUUCUGAAGGCUGCAGGAAAAUGUCCAUUCUGAAUGAAGGCUGUCCUUCUAUAUCCUUAUCAUGGCAAGAUUCAAGGAUGCUAAUCCGUACGCAAUAUUUGAGUAUUGGUUCUCAAGUUGAAGUGCUUUCUCAAGAUAUUGGCAUCAGAGGUUGCUGGUUCAGAGCUUUGAUUAUCCAAAGGCACAAAGAUAAGGUCAAAGUGCAACAUCGAGAUAUCAAGGAUGCAACUAAUGAUGCAAAAAAUCUGGAGAUGAAUAUGUUGUCAUAUUACGUGUUUCCUUUAUGAGUAUGCUUUUCAUGUUUAGGUGAUUUCUUAGUUCUUACUAUAUUUAGCCCUUGUUUGAGCCCCAU